AUGGCGCUGCCGCGCUACUACCACCUGCGCGACCCGAUCGAGCACCUCGUGGUGCACGUCACCUUGCGCAAGGUGACCGAGGGCGACGCCAGCCGCGCCGGCCGCACGACCAGAGACGAGUGGACGCGCUCCUUUCAGUGGCAGGAAAAGGUGUUUAGCCCCGCCGAGUUUCGCCGCUUCAACACACGCGCAGCGGGCGACGUGGUCGUCCAGAGCGCCAAGGCCGCGUCGGCGCUCGAGGUCGAGUACAAGCACACGAUAGCGCAGCGCCAAGAAGCAAACGAAGAGAUCCUCGAUGUGACUGCCGAUGCGGUCCUGUAUAGCUACACGGACCGCGACAACUAUGUGCCGAGCUCGGAGACGACGCGGGCCAUAUCGACGUCUACCGAGCCGCUGAGCGACAUGGCGAUGGCUGCGAUAGCGCUGCAGCGCCACGCGCCAUCGACGCACGUCGCGACGCGCGAAGUGGCCUUCACGACCAUGUACCUCAUGGCGUCUCUGGACAUUCCUUCCGACCUGUACAAGCGCAAGAAGAAGCUCAACCAGAUCCGCGAUCUCGAUGACCACGUGCUCUGUGAGCUGCGCUACUACCCGCGCGCACGUCUCCUCGUCUGUCGCCCUGGCUUUUCAAGGGAGACCCAAGGCGCCACCGAUUUCGUGUGUCUCGAACCCUCCUCGCUGCAGUCGAAACGCGGCAGCCACUACGAGUACAUUCUCGUGAACGCGCAGAAUCUGCAUCCGGACGACAGCUACACGCAGCUCCAAGUUGCGCGCGAGCUCGACCGGCUCCAAGCGGCGGCUGACGACCGCGCACGGAAGGCCUUCGAGGCGCGCUGCGGCUUUGCUGGCGUCGCUGAGCCCAGCUCGAGCAUCGUCUCGUACGUCGACGUGGUCGCAACGACGCUUUUGACACGGGACGACGAAGGCCUCCUGCUCGGGCGUCCCCGGUACCUGCAAUACGUGGUGUUUCUAGACAAGACGGACGGCACGUGGGUGGGCCCGCCCGAGACGUGGGACCCCAUCGACGCCCGGUUUGUGCUCCAGUCUGGCUGCACGCAACAAUGCCUGCCCCGAAAUGGCCUGCUGCAUUGGAGUCUCCCGCUUCAAGUGACCGUGACGCUGGCCGCGCUCCAUGAGACAGUGCCCCGCCACGGGUGCGCGUACGCAUGGGAGCGCCACUAUGUCGAAGGCUACGGCAGCGUGUGUUUGCCGACGAUGCCCGGGCGCUACGACGCAAUUUCGAUCGAGCUGUGGCGACCUCGACUACCAUCCGUGGCCGCGGAGCGACGCAACUUUUUCCUCGGUGGCGAAGGCCAGCUGCAGAGCCUCUUUGACGUUCACAAGGCGUCGUUUGGAUUGGAGACGGACAGUGCUGGCUCGGUCUUGCUGCGGGCGAGUGUGUUGCACCAAAGCAACGUUGUCGACGUCAUCACCGAAUCCAAGGAGCUCCGGAUCAUCAAGCGCGGCGUCGACGAGAUCCUCGCCAAAGUUCGCGCGGCCAAGCCAGGUCGCACCGACCGAAAGGUCUCUGCAGUGAGCUCGAUCCUCGAUCAGCUUCGCGAGAAGCGCCUUUUACCCGCCACGUAAUAGUAUAUGCUUGCGAGCGGU